CUGAGACGGAGAGGAAACCAGGGGAUCGACCGAGUUCUACAUCAGUUUUGAUGGCGAGAGGAGUGUAGAAGACGAAGGGAGAACGAAGGCGAAGCGUAAAAGGAACACCUUUAUUGAUAUCUCCCAGUUCUUCCGUGCUAUUUCUGCGAGUUUUCCUCUCUGUUCUGUUUCCUCCUCGUCUCCGAUCGAUUGCUGUGCAGGUCAAACUGCGAAAAAGAUCUGAUUUUGGUAUCCGGAGAGUUACUAAUUUAUGACGAAGAGGAAGAAACUCGGAUUCUCUACUGAAUUCAAGUUCUUAGCUUGAAUCCUGGUUCGGCUCUGCUGCUAUUCAGUCCGAUCCACACGAAAAGGAAGCAGAGAGAGAGAGAAAGGGAGAAGAAAGGGAAUAGUUAUGUACGGAUCUCCAUCUGCCGUAGCAACUAAAGAUUUCAACAUCCCUCUCAGUCGCCGGAAAGAAGAAUCCGAUCAUCAGAGGCAGCAACAGAUGAGCUCCGGCAUGCUCCGGUACCGCUCUGCUCCGAGUUCUCUGCUUGGGGAGGUAUGCGAGAACUUACUUCAUGUUAGACCCUCAAGCCCCGAGACAGAGUCCAUCUUCGCUCGCUUUCUCUCCUCAGAUCUACGCGACGAAAAGACUGCCGCCGGCGAGAGAAAUCCUCACUUCAAGCUAUCGCCGGAAACGGAGCAGAACAGUGGGUUCCCCUGUGCUCCGUCCCAGAUGCUGUAUCAUUCUCAGCAACAACAGUCUGUAACUGACGGAGCAAAUCCAAUCCGGCAGAGCAGCUCUCCCGCUGGUUUCUUUUCCCAUUUAAACGUCGACAACGGUUAUGGCUUGAUGAGAGGAAUGACUGCUGGUAUGAAGGGCCAGAUUAACUUCUCCUCCCGGCAAAACUCGCUGUCUCAAAUCUCAGAGAUGGGAAACGAUGGAGUCUCCGGUGAUGACCGAAGUCCGGUGGAAAGCCACAAUGGCCGUUGCUUCAUCCCAGGCUACCCUGUAUCCUCCUGGGAAGACACUUUGCUUUCUGAUAACAUCUCAGGUUUCAAGAGGUCAAGAGAUGUCGUAGGGCUGAACCAAACGGAGCUCCACGAUCAAGAUAUCAAAAAUCACCAAGUCUCCGGCCUUACUCACCACUUCAGCUUGCCGAAAACUUCGUCGGAGAUGGCGGCGAUUGAGUUCUUACAGUUUCAGGAUUCAGUUCCCUGUAAGAUCAGAGCGAAGAGAGGCUGCGCUACGCAUCCUCGGAGCAUUGCUGAAAGAGUGAGGAGGACACGGAUUAGCGAAAGGAUGAGGAAGCUGCAGGAGCUAGUGCCCAACAUGGAUAAGCAAACUAACACUGCGGACAUGCUGGAUUUGGCCGUUGACUAUAUCAAAGAUCUGCAGCGGCAAGUCAAGACAGUAACAGAUAGCAGGGCAGCCUGCACGUGCUCAGCUAGCCAGCAGAAGCCUUAUCAGAACCCGACAAGCUAAUAAAUCAGCUCGUUGUACAGUCUAAUUAAGAAGAUAAGAAGAAGGAUAAAAUGAACGCACUGUUUCGAAUCAGGUGAGCCUUUAGAUUCCGUGGUCUCUCUAAAAAGAGAAACAAGCUUGUAUUUCUUUUCCUUUUUUUUCCUUUUAAUUUGAGGUAGAUGAAAAUUGUAUAGGUAUGUGAUUUUAGAUGUUACACCUACCACAAAUUUGUCUCCUUUUCUCCCUCUCUCCCUCUCUCCCUCUCUCCCUUAAAUAAGAAUUGGCCGAAUUACGUUUUUGCAUGAUGCUGUAGAUUGGAUGGAACAGAAACGUUGCAUGUUUGCUUGCGCUCAUUGAUUUCAUGAUUUUUUUU